CCGGCACAAAACCGUGUGUGCCUUGGUACAUUUAUCAACUUUGACUUUAAUUUUAUGCCAUUAAGAAUUUAUCUUGACACCUUGGAAAUUCGUUUCUCGACGAGUUCUACCUCCUAAUCUUAAUCACAAAAUACAUAAUUUUAAUAGUACUAUGAUUUCUUCUAUCACUGCAAAAAUUAGCCACCUUAAUCUUAAAAGCCUGUCACUAGGAAAUUCGCAAUAUGGAAGACAAAUAUUUGCAGCUUUUGCCGCCAAUAUGGGGGCAUUUUCCUUUGGGACUGCCUGGUCAUACACGGCCACGGCCCUUCCCUCCAUGAAACGUGACCCCUACAACGACUUUAACAUCACGAGACAUAGUGAAUCCCUCAUCACGGCGCUUCUUUUUCUCGGCUGCAUCAUUGCAUCUCCCCUCAACGGAUACUGCCUGGAAAAAUUUGGCAGACGCGGUGCCAUGAUGCUAACCAACAUACCGUGUGUUUUAGCCUGGAUAAUUAUCGGAGUUUCAAGCAAUGUUAAUAUUAUUUACGUUGCAAGAAUCCUUACGGGAAUCUGUUCUGCUAGCUAUGGCUCCGCUGCGCCACUUUACGUCUCGGAGAUCUCGAGCCCAAAAAUUCGUGGAAGAUUAGUUUGCACUUUUGAUACGAUGAUUGCAGCCGGAAUGGUUUUCAUAAAUAUUGUCGGGUCUUUUACAUCAUGGCGGGUUCAGGCCUUUGUAUGCGGUUGUGUUCCGGUAGUUGCUCAUGUUAUGCUUCUCAUGAGUAAAGAAUCCCCCAGAUACUAUCUCGCCGUUGAUAACUACAAGGAAGCCAAGGCAACGUUGGAAUGGUUCAAUCCAACGGCGUCUAAUGAGCACAUAACGAAACAAGUUGACGAGAUUGCUGAAUGUGCAGAACAAGACCGUUACAACAACACCUUCUACGGGUGGCGCACAAUAUUGGGACGCGACGUCUACAAACCAAUUCUAAUCGGAAUUAUGCUCAUGUUUUUUCACUUAAUGUCAGGAAAUUACCCAAUUUUAGCAUAUGGCAUGACCAGUGUCGGGAUCGACACCAAUAUUGAUGUCACUCCAAACUAUUUAGGAAUUACUCUAAUGAACUUGGCACAAUUUAUAUUUUCAUUUAUCCCGGUAUUUUUUGUGGACGUCAUUGGUCGUCGACCCCUUCUCAUAAUUUCUGAAUUGGUUAUGGCAGUGACACUUUCUUGCCUUGGAUUUAUGCUCAUUUUUGAUCACCAAAACCCAUUAGAAGGCACAUUUUCUACCAUUUCACUAAUAAUAUACGAAGUAUUCUACGCCCUCGGGAUCGGACCAAUACCGUGGUUGCUAAUGGGAGAACUUGUCUCGUCCAAGCGGCCAGGAAUUUCACUCGCAAUUAUCACUAGUUUCUACAGAGCGUUAGGUUGUCUAGAAUUGUAUUAUUUUCUUAGCAUAGCAGACUAUAUUGGACAUGGGGGCAUGUACCUAUUUUUUGCAGGUUGUUGUUUUCUAGGUGGGAUUUGUUGUUACCUAAUUAUUCCCGAUACUACGGAGUUAAAGUUGGAAGAGAUUAAAGAUAAAGUUUAGAAAAUGAGUAAUCCUAACUCAAAUUUUUCUACCUUUUUACCUGUCUGUGAAAUAUCUAUACUACACGUUAUCAUGUAAAUAUAUGUAUUAAGUAUUUAGUCAUCAUUAUAAUCAGAGUUUCAUUGUUGACAUUUCCGAUUGAUUGUACAAAAGUCAAAUUUUGGAAACAGCACGCUUCCAGGUUUUGUCGAUACUGUGCGAAGGUUAAAGGGCAUAAAAUUUGGUUCACGAAGAACCCGUUUAACACAUCUAACUCCAAUUUGCAUUAUGCGAGAAUUUUUAUAUUACACACAGCAUAAACUAAUUAAUGUGUUAAUAUACUGUUACAUUUGAAUUACCUGAGAAUGCACAUUAUACGGUUGAAUAGUUUAGUCUAAGCAGGGCGUUAUUCUUAUAAAAAGCAGCACGUAAUUUGGAGUGUAAAUAUAUGUAUGGAUAUAUUAAAUACAUUAUUCCAGGCAAUUGGUAAGUAACGAGUAAUUGAUUCGACGCGUUGUAGCAUGUGUAACUCAAGUAUUUUCAAAAACACUUGUACAUUAAGAGGAUAACCUAUUUUGUAAAUAAAGGUGUGCAUUUGUUUAUUGA